CUUCUUCUUCUUCUUCUUCUUCUUGAGGAAUUAAUGGAAUCAAGAGAAUCUGGCUCAACAUGGACAUCCGAGCAGAACAAGCUCUUUGAGCGAGCUCUUGCAGUUUACGAUGAAGAAACACCGGAGAGGUGGGAGAAAGUUGCGAGCGCUGUCGGAGGGAAGUCAGCUGAGGAGGUGAAGAUUCACUAUGAGCUGCUCGUUGAAGAUCUCAAGCACAUUGAGUCUGGCAGUGUGCCUUUACCUAACUAUAAGUUCUCCGGCAGCGGCCGGAAAUCUACUGAUAAGGAGAAGAGGUUCUUUGUUUCAAACUCUUCAGCAUUUUCUUUAUUGUUCUUACUGUUGCGUUGGCCUGUUUGA